CCCAUCCCAAGAAAAUCUCAAACAACUACACCAACCAAAAGACCAAACCAACCUCUCUCCCGAAAAAGAAACAAAGAAAUAUCGCAAAUGGUUUUCUCCGGCGUUCCCGCAACCGACGGAGGACUCGAACCCGACUCCGAAUCCGCGCCCCUCGUCCGCUCCCCUCUGAAACCCGCAAAGCCAGAAGACAAAUUCCACUUGGCCUAUAUCAUCUACUUCACAUUAGGCGUCGGAUUCCUCCUCCCAUGGAACGCCUUCAUCACCGCCGUUGACUAUUUUUCCUACCUUUAUCCGGAAGCCUCUGUCGACCGUGUCUUCGCCGUCGUUUACAUGUUGAUCGGCCUCGGCUGCCUCUUGAUCAUUGUGUUUUAUGCUCACAAGAGUGAAGCUUACGUGCGAAUCAACGUCGGGUUGGGCCUGUUCGUGGUUUCCCUGCUCGUUGUGCCCGUUAUGGAUGCUGUUUAUAUAAGGGGUCGGGUCGGGUUGUAUGACGGAUUUUACGUUACGGUUGUGGUUGUCGGUUUGGCGGGUGUAGCGGAUGCGCUUGUUCAAGGUGGGCUCAUUGGGGCGGCUGGUGAAUUGCCUGAACGCUACAUGCAGGCUAUUGUUGCAGGAACCGCCGGUUCUGGUGUACUUGUUUCAGUGCUACGGAUCCUGACCAAAGCUGUUUUUCCGCAAGAUGCUGAUGGCCUGAGAAAAAGUGCCAAUCUUUACUUUUCUACUAGUAUUGUGGUUAUGGUCAUAUGCAUUGUCUUGUACAAUGUGGCACACAGACUUCCGAUUAUGAAGUACUACAAGGAGUUGAAAAUGGAGGCUGUUAAGGAGGAGAAAGAGGAGAAAGGUCCCCUGACCGGCCCUGUUUGGAGAGCAGCCUUGUGGAAUAUAGUAGGGACAGUCAAGUGGUAUGGAUUCGGGAUUAUCCUCAUAUACGUUGUGACUUUGUCUAUAUUUCCAGGAUAUAUCACAGAGGACGUGCACUCAUUGAUUCUCAGGGACUGGUAUCCAGUCCUCCUUAUUACGGGCUACAAUGUGUUUGACCUUGUUGGGAAAUCAUUGACUGCAGUUUAUCUCCUUGAAAAUACAAAGGUUGCAAUUGCUGCAUGUGUUGUGAGGUUACUUUUCUUUCCCCUCUUCAUAGGUUGCUUGCAUGGUCCUCAAUUCUUCCGGACUGAGAUUCCUGUCUCAAUACUGACUUGCCUUCUGGGGCUUACUAAUGGCUACUUGACAAGUGUGUUAAUGAUCUUGGCUCCCAAAUCUGUUCAGAUACAGCAUGCAGAGACUGCUGGCAUUGUUAUUGUAUUGUUUCUAGUUAUUGGUCUGGCAUCAGGAUCAGUCAUAGCUUGGUUCUGGGUGAUCUGAUAUUCAAGCAUUGUCAUUCUUAUAUUAAGCCAGAUCCCAAAAACAGGUGAUUGGCAUGGAUUGUCUUAGUGAUGUUUUUCACCUCUGUAAAGCUGUGUAAACGUCACUUUUAGUAGCAUUGUUUCUUCAGAUUGUACGGUGAAUCCUGUAGGGCUGUACCUAUAGUGUGCAAAUCGUCUAUAUCCUGUAUCUUAUCAGAAAUUGUAACAAAUGAAAUAAUUGGUUGUUAUCCAGUUUCAAUUCUAUGAUGAGUAGAGCAAA